AUGUGCAGGCCGGAGGAGUGUUUCGACGAGAGAAUGGACGAAACAAUUGAUUCUGACCGACCAUGCAUUUCUGCUUGCAUACUCCGAACUCGAGAAAUCAUCAGACGCGCUGGAAGGUAUUGUGUGACUGUAGCCGACUCGAAGCUGCUUGUGCAGCAAGCAGUUGUUCCACUGGAAAGGGUCGCACAGAAGCAAAAGAAAAACCCGGGUGCUGAAGACUCCUUUAUCUGGUGA